AUGACGUCAACAUCGAUUGAUCAGCCAACAGGUGAGCAGGAAGCUUGGACGUUUGUGUCAAGCAAAAGAACCAAUGGGGCCAAGAAGAAGGCCGCGACUCAGCUCCGCCGGCCACCCUCCGUUCCGUUGAGACAAGGCACCGAAUCCUCGGGCCUGUCAGUCGCUCAGGUCCAAUCAGAUCAUGAGCGAAUCAAGAAGCAGUGGCUGGAGUCGUCUAGCUAUCGCCGUCUCAAGGAGCUGAUGGCUUCCCAAUGUUUGUAUCCUCCAGUCGCCAAGGCCAUAUGUUUGGGACUUGGCUCUUUCGAUCCCGCCGAUGGGUCGUGGCAGUCAAAGAGGCGAGCGCAUGUGCAAUUUGCUGCCUUCGUCACCAUGGUGGAAUCUCUUCGGGAGCAAAGCAAGGGGCCUGUUCAGUGUUACUUUCAAGACCCCUGCUUCUCUGAGACCGACAAGGAGUUCCUUUCAGAGUUCGAUUGCCAAAUUGUCGAUACUCCCGCCGGGUUCGAAAUGGUUACGGAAAACAGCCUGUUAGUAGGCAUUCACCUGUACCGCGGUAUCUACUCGCGCGCCAUCGAGAAAUGCGUUCCGGCCAUGUUUGUUGGGACGGAUUACGACACUUGGGAGAGCUGUGGCAGCCUUGAUUGGGCCAAGAUGAAGGAGCUGGAUGAGGCUUGUGACAAGGCCAAAUUUCCCCAAGACGAAGAAUUCUACCCAGCCUUCACCAACACAACCAUCCACUGGCGUCGAUCUUCGGAGGGAGAAAUUGCCAAGGAAUCGCCGUCUUGA